CUUCUUCCCACAGCGUCUUUCUCCAGUUUGAAGACGGAGCUGGAGCGAAUAAAAGCGGAGAAGGAACAGCUGGAGAGCAGUUUGGCCGAGAAGACGGAGACACUGAGGAGCCUCCAGGGCCUGAGGAUCAGCCUGGAGCAGCAGCUCAAAGAGCUCACCACUGCAAAGAGUGCACUUGAAAGUCAAGUCCUCGACGACAAAGACAAAGCCCAGCGGCUGCAGACCGAGCUGGACGUCAGCGAGCAGGUUCAGAAGGACUUUGUGAAACUUUCUCAGACCCUUCAGGUACAGCUGGAGCGGAUACGACAGGCGGACUCCUUGGAUCGAAUCAAAGUAAUCCUCAAUGACACCAACUUGACUGACAUCAAUCAGCUUCCAGACACAUGAUACCACUGAAGGACAACUGCCUUCACUUUCAUUUCCCCUUCUUUCUGUUUCACCGACCCAGUAACAUAUUACCCGGCCCUUCCUCUUCUUCUUCCUCCUCCUCCUCCUCCCCAUAACCACCUCAGAAGAGUUUGGAGGGACAUGGACAGACGUGGCAUGAGGAGCUCAUGGCCUUUUGUGUACAUUAGAAGUCUCUGAACACACCACACAUAGAAUAAUGAAGAAGAACACUACUAAAAAAAUAAAAUGUAAAUAACUAAAUGUGGACGGAGGGAGCGGGCGGAGGUGCUUCUCCCUGUGGGUUCUGUCUGUCUCGUUUCUACUGUAGAUACGACUGUCUGUAUUAGCUCGACCAAAAAAAGGUUUGUCGUCCUCUGAAGCACUUUUCAUCUGCGACUUCUCUUUCCAGGUAAAUAGAAAAUAAUUGGAUGCAUAAAUUUUCCUCCGUCUGUUCUCAAAGCUUCCUUUCUCCUCUUGCUUGUGCUUUC